AUGUCUCGUGAGUUGGAGAAUCGUACAGCCUGGCUUCCUCAGCAAAAGGCAUAUCCUAUGACUGUCUCUUCCGGUCCGGUACCAGAACCGAAGGGGACAGAAGUCCUCGUCCGCGUCCGUGCCGUUGCGAUCAACCCUUGUGACUGGGCAGUGCAGAUCUUGGGUCUGGUUGUGAAAGCUGAACGCUACCCGUACAUCAAUGGCGUCGACGUGGCCGGGGAAAUCGUAUCUGUCGGGCCCGAGAACACCAGAUUCAACAUCGGCGACCGCGUAACUGCAAUGGCCACGAUGUUCUUCUCCAAGGGUCCCAGCUACGGCGCAUUCCAGGAGUACAUGCUGGGCGUCGAUCCACUAGUCGCGAAGAUCCCGGACCAUGUUAGCUUCAAAGAAGCCGCGGUGCUCCCCCUGGGAUUGAGCACUGCGAUCCACCAGCUUUUCACUAAAGACGGACUUGCACUGGACUACCCGAGAGUGGGCACACCUGUCAACUCCAAGGGCAAAGUAGUCAUUGUCUGGGGUGGGAGCUCCAGCGUGGGCGCCAACGCGAUCCAGACCGCCAAGGCCGCAGGGUAUACAGUUGCAGCUACUGCGAGCAAGAAGAACUUUGGGCUGAUGGAGGAGAUUGGCGUUGAUUACAUCUUCGAUUACAACAGCGACAAUGUCGUGGAGGAGAUCGUGGCCACACUUAAAAAUAGGGAGCCGCUGGCCGGCAUCUUCGAUGCCAUCAUCCUCGAAUCUACCAUCAGAGCCUGUGCGGAUAUCGCGAGCAAGCUGGAGGGCAACAAGCACGUCGGGACUGUGUUGGCACCGGGUAUGCCGCUGCCGACUGGGACGCCUGAGGGCGUCAAAUUGAGCCUGAACGAGCUUUCUUUCAUCGAGAGUGAGGUCGGCAGAGCGAUCUGGGUAGACUGGCUCUCUGACGCGCUGGCUGACGGCAGCAUGAAGUGUAAACCCAACCCAGAGCUUGUCGGGCGCGGCUUGGAGAAGAUCCAGGACGCAGUUGAUCUGAUGGGCAAAGGCGUCAGUGCUAAGAAGUUGGCGGUUGAGCUGUAG